AGGCCUGAAGCUUCCUGCUCCACUAGUCUCCCCGAACCGUGAUCUCACCUGCCGGUGGGUCAUGGUUACUGGACGCAGCUGGCCGGUCAUCGAACGCGAUUGCAGUCGUACGACGGAGCCUGUCUUCGGCUUGCUGGAGGAUAUUCAUGCCCUCUCGACCUCGCUCGUCAGUAAACCAAGCUAUUCCGCUGCAUCAACGUCGCAACUUGAAACGCAGUUUCUUCGCGUGGCACACAGGACCAAUGCCGGUCACAGUCUCCACUGUAAAAUCAAAAAAAAGGAUUUACGUCGCACGUCCCCCUCUGUCGCAGAAGAAGAACGCCGACACUAAUCCUCAGGCGGAUCAGACAUCUUCUGCAGGGCAGCCACACUCGGUAUCCGGCAUGCCACAACAUACCCAGACGCAGUCUGAGACUCGAACUGCUGAGGACCGUGGCUGUUGGGUCAACUUUUGCCUCGCACUCGGUAUCGGCGGCUGUCGCACGGUAGCAGUUCGGAACUUCAGGCUGCUGCUUCAUGAUUGUACAGCAUUUAGCAAAUUUGAUUCGAUACCACCUCGUUCCUGGACAAGAAUUUCACUGGCUAAUUGCUUAUCUGGGUCUACAUUAUUAAUAUAUCUUAGUUUUCGUGAUCAUACAGUUAAACCCGUCUCAGAUAUGUCUGCCCCUUGACUGGAUGAUCGUACUGAUAUUACAGGGAUUCAUACGAGUAGUAUACUUAUAUAUGCCACCUUGCAUGUAUAUUUAUAACCUUUCUGGCGGUACAUGCUGGGGUAUGCUUACGAUUUUGUCGUGGUCUAU